UACUAGGAAUUAUUAUUUAUUUCAAAGAAAUUAGUGUUAAUUUUCAUUAGAAUUGAUAUUUGGAUUAUAGUGUGGUCAAAUAAUCGGAAGAUGAAUUAAUUUAGACAUGACUAGAGUAUGUUGGUGAUUCUGUGACAAGUGACAGGUGUCAAAUGUCAGUGGCCACGUCUUGUUUCUAAAUUGAAAAAAUGGUCUCAAUUUUGAAUUCUAUUGAUACGGGGCACGAGGACAUGGUCCAUGAUGCCGAAGUGGACUAUUAUGGGCUGCGUCUGGCCACUUGUUCCUCCGACAACAGCGUGAAAGUGUACGACAUUAAAAAUGGGGGCACAGCCCUUCUCGACGACCUCAAAGGGCACUUCGGGCCUGUGUGGCAGAUAGCGUGGAGUCACCCCAAGUUUGGCAACCUCCUAGCAUCGUGUUCAUACGACCGGAAAGUGAUAAUUUGGAAGGAACAAAACGGGAAGUUUACUAAAUACUACGAGUACGCCAACCACGAUUCGAGCGUGAAUUCGGUGCAAUUCGCCCCCCCGGAGUACGGGUUAGUGUUGGCAUGUGGCAGCAGCGACGGCUCCAUCUCUGUGUUGAGCUACAUCGCAGAUACGCAUAAUUGGGACGCGAAGAAAAUACAAAACGCUCACGCGAUUGGGUGCAACGCCGUAAGUUGGGCCCCCGCGAUCACCCCCAUGUCGGACAGGGACUCCGCCAAGCUGGUCAAGAGACUGGUGUCGGGGGGCUGCGAUAACUUGGUCAAGGUGUGGCGGGAGGAGGAGGACCGGUGGGUGGAGGAGAACAAGUUGGAGGUGCACUCGGACUGGGUGCGGGAUGUGGCGUGGGCCCCGUCGGUGGGGCUCCACCAACACACCAUCGCGAGCUGCUCGCAAGACAGGAGGGUUAUUAUUUGGAGCAGCGACGAUGGGGCUAAUUGGAACUCGACUGUGCUCCAAACCUUCGAUGAUGUUGUCUGGAAUGUCAGUUGGUCUCUAAAUGGGAAUAUUUUGGCCGUUUCAGGGGGCGAUAAUAAAAUCACGCUGUGGAAACAAAACUUGCAAGGGAAUUGGCAAUGUGUCAGUGAUGUUGUCAAAGGGCAAGGACAAAUCAAUAACCAAUAACUGUGUUUUUAUAAUUAAAUGUAAUUUAAGUCAAAUUAUUACAUUAUUUCUUGGC